AUGAGCCAGGCCAUCAUCUCCCCCUCUGUUCUCGCUAGCGACUUGUCCAACCUCACCAAUGAGUGCCGCCGGAUGAUGUCUAACGGCUGUGAUUGGCUUCACAUGGAUGUCAUGGACGGCCACUUUGUCCCCAACAUUACCAUGGGCGCUCCCAUCCUCGAACACGUAUACAAGAACGUACCCGACAUUUUCAUGGACUGUCACAUGAUGGUCUCUAACCCUGCCCAGUGGGUACCUGAGAUUGCCAAGGCUGGCGGCAAACUGUAUACCUUCCACUAUGAGGCUGAACCCACUGAGACUGAAAAGGUCAUUGACCUCAUCCACGAACACAAGAUGCUCGCUGGUCUCGCCAUCUCCCCCCAUACCCCGUCAUCCGCCAUCACCGACUCUCUCGGCUCCAAGGCUGACCUUUUGCUCGUCAUGACUGUCCGACCCGGACAGGGUGGACAAAAGUUCAUGCCUGAAUGUCUGGAGAAAGUGACAGAGCUGAGAGCGAGGUUCCCGGGCAAGAACAUCCAAGUCGAUGGCGGUGUCGGGAGCGGAAAUGCUUGUCAAUGCGCCAAGGCCGGAUCCAACGUUCUUGUCGCUGGUACUGCCGUCUUUGGCUCCAAAGACCCCAAGCAAACCAUCUCGGAAUUGCGCGCUGCUGUUGACACGGCCAUCGCUGAGCGCAAGUGA